AUGACAACGCAUACAGAGCCUGCAUCGCAACUCUAUACAAAGCUGAACCGCGUAGGUAAAGGAGCAUAUGGAUCUGUUUACAAGGGCAUCAACAACAAGACAAGACAAAUUGUGGCAAUCAAGAUACUCAAUCUCGACACAGAGGAAGACGACGUCGAUGAUAUCCAGAAAGAAAUUGCGCUCUUAUCACAGCUCACGCAUGCAAAGUCUCAGAAUAUCACACCUUAUUACGGCAGCGUUCUCAAUGACACCAAACUAUGGAUUAUUAUGGAUUAUGCGGCUGGAGGCAGCGUUCGAAGAAUAAUGAAAUCAGGCAACAUUGAGGAAAAAUACAUUGCUGUCAUCACUCGCCAAGUACUGCAGGCAUUAUCCUACCUUCACAAGAAUCACAUCAUUCAUCGCGACAUCAAAGCUGCCAACAUUCUACUCACAGCCGAAGGGAACGUUCAAUUAUGUGAUUUUGGUGUCGCUGGACAAACGACUCUCAAUUCAUUAAAGCGAAACACCUUUGUGGGAACUCCCUAUUGGAUGGCCCCAGAAGUGAUAAGACAAGGAUCAUCGUAUGAUUUCAAGGCAGAUAUAUGGUCUCUUGGUAUCACAGUGUUUGAAAUGGCUUCAGGCAACCCACCCUUAGCCAAUGUGGAUCCUAUGCGUGCAAUCAUCUUGAUUCCCAGAAGCAAACCGCCCAAGCUUCCUGAUUCUUUCAGCCCUGCGAUCCGUGACUUUGUCGAUCUUUGCUUGUGUGAGGAGCCUGAUGAAAGACCAAGUGCGGAUGAAUUGUCAAGAACAAGGUUUAUCAAGAAUAGCAACAAGGCACAGAGGUCUUUAUUACGAGAAUUGAUUACGCGUUAUGAUCGAUGGAAAGCUACCAGGGAGAAAAAGAGUGGAUCGGAUUCAGAGAGUGGAAGUGACAAUGAAACGAUUGAAGGAUUGAAAAACUUUGAAAAUCCAAACACGGUGGAUGAUGAAUGGGAAUUUGAGACUGUACGACAACGCCAAAUCAAUAAGGAUGAUGCAGAGAAGACCAACAAUCAGACAUUUCGUCCAAGUAAUCAGCGACAAGAUAUUCAACCCAAGCCAAUACGAGCACAUGAUAAGACGCAUCCUCUUGUACGGCUCUUUGAGAAUUCAACGGAUACCUCGAGUAAUUCAUCAGCAACACCUGACAACACGUCUCUUUCGAAUCCAUUAGCAAAUACGCCAUCAUCGAUUGCUUCUUCUCCAUCCAAUGCAUUACCGAUUCCACAAAAUUUAACAACAACACCUUCGCCUGUCAUUGAUCUUGAUUCAAGUGCAAUUCUUGCACCACAACCCUUGCAUCCCGCCAUUUCUUCUUCAAGUCCUAAAACAACAACAACGAUGAAUGAUGGUUAUUUGCUCGAGGCAAAAGAUACGACGACGACGACAUAUCAACCAUCACCACCGGAUACCAAUUUGCUGACAUCCAGGAAAGCCGGCACAGCAUCUGCAGAACCAUGGUCGAGUAGUAGUAAUCCGCUUGUACCUGGGAUCUCGAAUCGUCAAUUUCAAGGAGAGAAGCUUUCACCGCAUAGUCGAUCCUUCAAAGAAGGCCAACCUAUGAUGCGUGCAAGAUCACAAUCCGAUCAACGACAAGCUGUACCACUACGAAAUCGACAAGGAUCAUCCCCUGAUACAGCUGCUGUUGCUGCUAGAGAGGAAAGUUCAUUAAAGCCGACACAUGCUGGUCUUCCAUUAGCAAGGCGUGUUCGAUCAGCCACCACGUUACGACGUACUGAAGAGGAUUCGGUUCCUUUAAAGGCACUCAUUGCUAAUAAGCAGCAGCAAUUGUAUCAGUCAUCAUCAUCAUCAGCCCAUGCUCAUUCUACAUCAUCAUCCACAUCCGAUGUAACAACGACACCACCACCACUACCACCAUCCAAUGCAAACAAGACGACGAGUAAGCACCAUGAUCAUAGACGAAGUAUCAGUGCCGAUAGUACACCCAAGGCAAAUGGUUCUGGAACAAGACGAAACAAUAUUGAUAUUCCACCUUUAAUGAAUCUCUCAUCACCAUCAUCAUCAUCGAAUUCAAACUUUGAUUGGCAAGUAUCUGGAGCUACGGACGUAACGCCUACAACAGAAAAGAAAAUCAUUCAAGCGCCAAAGAUUGAUGGAUUAAGGUCGUCCACGGAUUUACAAUUAGCAUUGAAUGAAUCUCUAUUUGAGCUAGGGCAAUGGUUGCAUCAGCUUGAUUCGUUAAUACCCUCCAACAAUGAUAAAUGA